AUGUGUAACCCUUUCACAAGCCAAUGUCGCUCGCUCAUCCAAUCCUCAGCCAAGGUCUACAACUUUGCGGUGGCGCACCUGCCUGAUCUCAGGUGGCAACUCUGGAAUGCGGGUGGUAAAUCCGACAUUUACCACCCCGGAUUUACCACCCGCGGUGGAGAUGCUCUUAUGUUUUUGUCCGAUGCUGGCCGCCUUGGGGAUGCUGUCGUCCACAACUUGAGAAUUCGACAGCCGAAAUUUUUCAGAGCUGCAUUAAUGACAACGGCAGCAUUUCCUACAAGUUUUUAUCAGGGUUUUACCGCCAUAUGUAUCAGAGAAGGCGAGUCUUUUGCGGUUGGCAAACCGGAUGUCAGAAUCCAGAUGGGUUGA